GAUCCGCCCACCAUGUCCCAUCAAUCCCACGAGUCCGACUCUGGCAGCCUCACUUUAAUACACAAUCGCUAUGGAAUUACCGAAUUUUCCGAGGGCAUUCCCAACAAUUGCAAGGCCGAUAUCGUCUUUAUCCACGGCCUGACGGGCGACUCGUAUUCAACAUGGAGACACAAGAACGCAGAACUGCCAUGGCCGGAAGGCCUUCUCGCUCAAGACAUCAGCAACUGUAAAAUCCUAAAGUACGACUACAAAAUAUCUGCUAUCGGCUGCCUGGAUAAUGGUACCCUGAGGGACCUUGCAGCCGACUUUCUUAAUGAGCUCGUCAAUUGGAGACGUGAUAAUGAGUCAGAGCGCCCUAUCAUCUUUGUCGCUCACAGCCUGGGAGGUAUCUUGGUCAAGCGCAUGCUCUCGGAGUCCCAGUCUCGAGAUGCGCCCUACAACAUCGGGUCGCUCACCCGCGGUAUCAUCUUUCUCGGCACUGCUCAACGUGUGUCAAGAUUACAAGACCAUGGGCGUAGAGUCUUGCAAGGUCUUCGAGAGAAUAAAGAUGAUAGAAAUAAUAGGAUGGAACCAAACAUCGAGUUGCGGGCCAUCUUCCAGCCAACCUCGGGUAUCCUCGACAACACCCAUAGCUUGUUUAUGGAUUGGGUCGGAGAGAGAAAUGAGGACCCUUCGAGGCCUACUGUCCACAUCGCAUCUUUCUAUGGGAAAUUGUCUAUGGUGAAAUUACCGGGGUUGGGAGAGAUAAAGAUUGUAGACAGGGCCUCGGCUUUGGUUGGGGAUUAUACUUGCAUGGGCCUCCAGUGCAAUUACAAGAGCAUGGCCAAGAUCCCCAUCGACAAGACGGGGUCUAGCUAUGAUGACUACUGCAGCGUCAGAGCUCAAAUCGUGAAUGCAGUUCGCUUGGCCAAGCCCAAGGAUGAACUUGCUCUAGGAUAUACAGCCGAGCCUAGUAAGGACGAGCUGGAAGCGUGGCGAGAAUGUUUGCAAUCGUUUGCCUUUUCUGACGUUCGACAGCGGUUCGAGACCGUGAGCCCUCAUCUCGAAGGAACAUUCGAGUGGAUUCAAGACAACAAUGUAUUCAAGUACUGGCUUGAACAUCCUAGAAAAAACGUUUUUCCCCUGUCUGGAAAGCGUGCAUCUGGGAAAUCAACAUUCAUGAAAUACCUGACAAGAAAAGAAGCGCUUGUUUCGUGGGCUUGCAAACAAAACCCUUCCAGACAUGUCAUGGUUCUCAGCCAUUUCUUUCACUAUAUUGGGAAAGAUCCUUCCCGAACGUUUGAAGGGUUCCUGAGGUCUAUUUUGUUCCAAAUCGUCAAGACAGAUUUGGCGGCUUUCGAACCGGUCCGGGAAAUUUUUGAUGUGCGGAGACUUCACCAGCCAUUACCAACCUGGCCUAGAGAUGACCUGGAAGAGGCGUGUUUCGGAGUCUUCAAGCACUGGGGAGACCGGAUGGACGACCAGCGCCCGAACAUCUAUCUUGUCAUGGAUGCAUUGGACCACUUUGACGGCGAACUUCACGAGAUGACUUCCUUUCUUCGGAAAAUAUUCGAGCUUUCCGGUGGACGCUUGAAAAUAUGCAUUUCAAGUUCACAAGAGAAGAAGAUAGACAAUGCCUUGGCCAACCUUGAAAGCCUUGGCGUCCUUCCGAGAUUUGAGAUUGACAAGCACACCCGACGAGAUAUUGAAAUGUACAUCGAGGAAAACUACCGAGAGCUCACAGAAAUCUCUGUGGGUGAGGGCAAAAUGCUGGCGGAUGUGAUUCGUGAUCAUUCCAGGGGCGUCUUCCUUUGGGUUCGACUGGUGUGCAAAAACCUGGUCAACUGCGCAAUAACGAAGACAGAGCUGGCCAGAACCCCGGCUGAUGAGUUGCGGCGUCUUCUCAACAAACUCCAACCUGAUCUGGAGGAGGUUUACGAGAUGAUGUUCAAAACAAUUGAGCCAGACGUUCGACACGAGGUUGAAAAGGGGCUGUCCAUUGUGGUAGCAGCCUCAAGACGUCUGAGUGUCGAAGAACUACAGUGCGCCAUGUAUUUCAGUAAUCACAACAACAACAACAUCAUCAACAGGACCAACAUCAACGACAAGAACAAUGAGCCGCUAAGUAAAAUCAGCGAGGAGUACCUGACUCACAUUGGAGUAUUCAACCGGGAUUUGCGGGCCGCGAUCGAAACAAGGUACCGCGGAUUCUUGGAGUUCACCCAGAAUGGGUCCGAGCUCAUUGUUGAGCCUUGCCAUGGGACAGCCUACACCUACCUGACCGAACGCUGCAAGCCUCAGCCUCAAGGCCCUGGGGAAGCCUUCAAGGAUCUGACGGCCUACGGGGAAAAUCUGCUUUAUGAGUCAUCGACAGCGUAUCUCAGUUAUUUGAGGAGGGAGGAUCUGCCUCCAGAAGCAUCCCAGAUUCUGAAUCUGUUUGCCGAUGCCAAAGAUGAUGAGCAGGUGCCUUGGUACGAGGGGAGCGUUGACAACACCUUGAGCUACAAAUGGAGCACGAAAGCAGCUCCAGGAGGACCGCAAACAAUGAAUAUCCUGAAUGUCUGCUCAGAAUACCCAUUCUUAUCCUACUCGGCCGAGAACUGGGGCCAUCACGCAAAAGCUGGCUGCUCGGCUGAACUAGAACCCGUUAGGAAACUCGAACGAGACCUAUUCAAAGGUUCUUCUUUGACGAGGUCGCUAUGGAAACUUUGGGAGCUCAUUAUCAAGGCUCGGUUCGCAAUCUCACGCCUGCCCUGCUUUCCUGGGAACUGGAGUUACUAUCCCGAUGCUGACGACUCGGAAGAAAUCGAGGCAUUCUAUGUCGUUGAAGGAGAUACUUUCCGUUGCUUCCUGUGGGUUUUCUGGGAGCACAUGGAGGCCAGGCGCGUCAACCCAUAUAUCCUCUCGGAUCUACCCCUUGAUGCACUGGAAUACCUUUCCUCGACAGGUUGUGCUGGCUACCUAUACCGAGCUCUAGCCAGACGACCAAGCAAAAUAAGACAUCCCAAUCGACUACUCCUGUCCACUAUUCGAGCGAAGAGCGUUCCUAUGGUGAAGCGUGUCCUACAACGGUAUUCGCUGAAGAAGCUCAAUGUCAACUUUGGCGAACAAGCUGUAUUUCAGGCCAUCGACUUCUCUAACAAUCCGGACUGGGGGGAUCAGUACGAAUUAUUGGUCAAAGCACUUCUGGACCAUGGAUUCCCUGCACACAAAAGGGUCCGGUACACCAUUCGCGAUGAGCAUUGGAACACACAUCGAGAGAUCCAAGUUCUGAAGAGACAGUUUGAAAGCAGCCCUCUAGUUUUGGCCAUUCUACUGCACCGUCACAAAAUUGCUGAGCUUCUCCUGAGACACAAGUCGUGCAAAAAGGCGGUUCGUCGAGACAUCAGCUGGGUUCUGUAUCGAGUUCUUAAAAUGGCGACUGAGAUCCAACCCGCCAACAUCAAGGGCAUCAAACUGCUCCUAGACAAGGGCGCAAGCACAAAGGGUGUCAAUGUGGAUUCCAACAUGCCUCAGGACACGCCCCUGGGCAUUGCGCUCUCUUGCAAGGAGCUCGCCGUUGCUGAGACACUCCUAGCCCAUGGGGCUGAUGCUAACUUUCGCUGCGAUCGUGCCAGCCAGCUCAGUGUCAUGGCAGAGGCCGAGAACGACUUCCCAAAGCGUGUUCCGCUGCUGCUGCGCUGGGGCGCGGAGGUGGAUGUGUGGUCCAUGGAGGAGGGCUGCAACAAACACCCAGGAGAUAACAUGGUUAAAGAUGUCAUUUCCGUCUUGAUGGACCAUUUGUACAAGAAAGGGGACAUUAACAGACUAAUAGAGGACCGAGAGACCGCCCUACACAUCGCGAUUCGCUAUGGCCGAAAAGAUCUUGUCAAAAGAUUGAUUCAAAAACUGGAAGCCGACGUGAACAUCCCGGAUCGCAAUGGAGAUUUCCCCAUCCACGUGGCUCUGCGGCAAGCCAAAGCCAUGGCACACAUCAAACUUCUCCAAGGAAGCCCGUCGUUUAGCCCUUCUGUCCUAAAUCACGAUGGCAGGACUGCCUUUCAGCAGGCAAAGUUCAAGGGGCAGUCUUCAUUGGUCAGGGAGCUCAGAGAAUGUGGACUGGGCGAGGGCGAGCAGGAUUCUGAGGACGAAGAGGAUCCUCUGGAGGAUCCCCUGGCAGUAAUAACAUAUCCGCGUGCGUCAGAGACCAAGGUGGACAUACUUCGCUUGGAAGAGCCUUCUGGAGGCACGAUCCUCCGGACACGGCCAGUAGAUGCCCUACACGGCAUCAAUGAGUUCAUUCGUGGUACAGAUGAGCCUUGGAAUGCACUCCGCCAUUCUGUGCCUCAGGGCAUUCGAGAUGUCGAUCCUAACCUGCAGAUACUUGAAAUACGGCUACCGACGCAGCCAGAGGCGAUUCCGCAGGAAUCAGAGAGUCUGCCGUUGCUUGAAGGAGCUAUCACAGACGAGAUACAGGCUUUUUCUCAAAUUCAAAGGAUGGGCACGCCAACCAUGUCAGACAUGUCGGGUGACGAAUUUCUUGCUGGCACAGGGAGUUGGGAUGGGCAUUAUGUGGAUUGGAAGAGACAAUAG